GACUCCCACCCUGCUUCUGUCUUCCAGUGCCUCCCCUCCCCUCAGGGGCUAGGAGAGGGCUGGGCCUGGCACUCUCUCCCUCCCUGAACCACAGCUGCCUUCAAGCUUCCCAGUCACACAGAAGAGGCACCGGAAGUGCUUGGAGAAGAUGACCCAACACAGUCCCAGGUCAUUUGUGAGGGGCUCGGGCCUGGACCACCUCCUUCCCACCUCUCACCCCAAAGUGUGAAGCUUGAGUCCAUCAUGUCCUUUCAGCUAAAAUGAGCAGGAGCCAAGCGUAUUGUCAUUCCUAAACACUAGCUCCUGCAGCAAACCAGCAGGGAUGCUCCAGAGGGAGGAAAAGGGGGAGAAGAGGGGACUUCACCAUGAAGAAACCACCAGCCUCAGGAAAUCUCCAGGCUGCCAGGCCAUGGGCAGCCCAGCACGUUAAGGGGGAGCAAAGGGUGUUAACGGGCAGGCAUUCUGGGCCGAAACCCCACUGUUUGGGGCCCAGCCAGAGAGCAGACAAAAGGGCCGGGAAGCCUGCACAUGGCCAGGAGGGGUCAAAAGGAGCAGAGCGAAGGCCUCUGUUCGAUCUCUGGCCUGCAAGCUGGGCCCAGAGUGACACCUUGCUAUGCCACACCUACUGGCUGUCAUGUUCAUUCCCCGAAAUGUAAGAUUUCCCCCUUAAAAUACAAAUUUGGGAUGUGGCGAUCUGUCUGGCCGGCCAGUCUGGCUCAGGUGCACAUGAAGGACAGCCUAAGUCACCCGGGGUUCCUGGAGCUGCCUUUGAGGCAGAAAUACAGGGCAUCUUUGAGCACUCCUGCUCUGUCUGGGGGAAGGUGGGCAAAAUGCUCAAAAUAGAGUAAAAGCAAGGGUCAGGACCCAAAGAGGUCUCAUUCCCUGUUUCUCUGGACUCUCUGUUGGGUGCCUGUGUGCAGGAUUUCUGCAGAAGAUAGUCCAUUUUGUUAAGCCUUUGAAUAUUCAAAUUGAAAGUACCGCGCAAUCAUUGAUUGUCAAAUCAUGGGUUUCUAGAGGUUUUAAAUACUUGGCAUGAGGGGGAAAAAACUCAAACCUAUACCCGAAGGUAUAAAACAUUAAUUCUGUUUGUCUUCUGCUCCAGGAACCUGGAUGCAACUGAAUGCUUUGUGAAACUUUAAAAAUGUUGCAUCUCUGCUUCUCUCCUUGCACAGGAGCCAUCCUAGGCGCUGAGUCCCUGCAGCUGCUGCAUCCAGCCACAGACCCAGCUCCUGCUGACCAGCAUGUCGGAAAAACCGAAAGUGUAUCAAGGUGUCCGUGUGAAGAUCACGGUGAAGGAGCUGCUGCAGCAGAGAAGGGCUCACCAGGCAGCCUCGGGGGGAACCCUGUCCGGAGGGAACAGUGCCCACCUUUCAGAUCCAGUCACACCACCUUCUGCAGUGUAUUUUGAACCUGAGUCGGUUUCUUCCACACCUAAUUACUUUCAACCCCGAGAAUUUCCCAGCUGUGUUUCUUGUGAAGAAAACCCAAGCUGCCUCGACCAGAUCUUGGAUUCCUACCUUCAGACAGAGACACACCUGGACCCUUUGCUCAAUUCCACGCAGAGUGCUCCACACUACUUCCCGGACAGCUUCCAGGCCGCCCCCUUCUGCUUCAACCAGAGCCUGGCCCCAGGGACACCUUCAGAUUCCUCCACUCUCUCUGGGUCCUUAGACUUCAGUUACUCACCGGCUCAUCUGCCUUCAUACACUCCGGAGAAUUACAAUCCUACCCCUUCUCUGGACAACAGAAACUGUGGCUAUCCCUCAGAAGACUACUCCUACCCUCACUUGCCCUCCCAUGCCCAAUACGACUGCUUCUUCCCAGCCCCGACCUCAGGCUGCUACUGUGUGUCCUGCGAGGCAGAACACUUGGCCACCCUCAGAGCGUCCGAGUACUUUUCCUGUCCGGGCACGGACUGUGUGAACCUGGAUCCCUCAGCAGCAGCAGGCAAUGAUUUCUACCUGCGGGAAACAAACUGUGACGUCUGCUACAGCUCAUAGAGUUUCAUUAACCUGGAGCAUGGCGUGCAUACGUCUGUCUUUCUGUCGCGCCAAAUGAGAACUUGAAAUACGCAACCUGUGAACAAAACAUCACAGGUGCAGGUUACAGGUCACCAUUUUGCAUUUUCUGGCGCUGACUUAGGCAUUGACAUGAAGUCCUCAGACCCGGUCAGGGCACUACUCCUACUCUGUACGCUUCCAGUGAAAAGUUUUGUAGGGAGCAUUUAAUGGUUUUACUUUUCUGUAUAAUGAACAAAUUCUAAUUU